AUGGAAGUCGUUUGCCGCCACGUGGGCCACCAAGCCGAGGCUCUCAUCCACCUGUUCUGUGUAGUUACCCGGCAGCCCCUCGUCCACGACUACCUUCUCUUCCAGUACUCCGAUCAAGAACUCGUGCAACACCUUGCCAAGUCAGAGAUAUCACUCAGGAACGCCAAAGAGAAGGGUGUCCUCGACGGGGAAGAAGGAUGGAGGAAGAAACUGCAGGGUCUUGUUCCGGCGGAGGGGGUUGAGGUGAAGCACAUUCGAACGGGUGAACGGGUGCAUGUUUCUCGGAGGAUAGUGGCUGUUUUUGUGAUGAUGACCAUGGCCGAUUUCUGUGACCAGUUAUUUGGUUUUCAGGAUGUGCUGUUUGAUAACCGGAAUGAUCGGCUUGAGUUUUCUGGGAACAAUUUGGGGGCAAUGUGGCCGGGAGAUGGGAAGCCGGGUCUGUGGCUGAAUUCAAUUUCAAGGAUGGGAGCAGUGUACAACUUGAUUGCAAGGGACGAAGACUCGAAUGAUGUAAUUCAAGCUACAGGUGCGCUCAAAAUCAGUGGAAACAACCUCAUUGGUGGAAACAACCUCGUCAGUGGAAACAACCUCGGAGUAAUGGAAGAGAAGGUGGAGAGCCUCAGCUUGGUGGCCCACAUGGCGGCGAACGACUUCACGGUCAGUUGA